AUGGGCGACUGGGGCUUCCUUGAGAAGCUGCUGGACCAGGUCCAGGAGCACUCGACCGUGGUGGGCAAGAUCUGGCUGACGGUCCUUUUCAUCUUCCGCAUCCUCAUCCUGGGCCUGGCUGGUGAGUCAGUGUGGGGCGACGAGCAGUCGGAUUUCGAGUGUAACACGGCCCAGCCAGGCUGCACCAACGUCUGCUACGACCAGGCCUUCCCCAUCUCCCACAUCCGCUACUGGGUGCUGCAGUUCCUCUUCGUCAGCACGCCCACCCUGGUCUACCUGGGCCAUGUCAUUUACCUGUCUCGGCGCGAGGAGCGGCUGCGGCAGAAAGAGGGGGAGCUGCGGGCACUGCCGGCCAAGGACCCACGCGUGGAGCGGGCGCUGGCAGCCAUAGAGCGACAGAUGGCCAAGAUCUCGGUGGCGGAGGACGGUCACCUGCGGAUCCGCGGGGCGCUGAUGGGCACCUAUGUGGCCAGCGUGCUCUGCAAGAGUGUGCUAGAGGCAGGCUUCCUGUACGGCCAGUGGCGUCUCUAUGGCUGGACCAUGGAGCCUGUGUUCGUGUGCCAGCGCUCACCCUGCCCCUACCUCGUAGAUUGCUUUGUCUCACGCCCCACAGAGAAGACUAUCUUCAUCAUCUUCAUGCUGGUGGUUGGACUCAUCUCCCUGGUGCUCAACCUGCUGGAGCUGGCGUACCUGCUGUGCCGCUGCCUUAACCGGGCCAUGAGGGCCCGGCAGAGCCAGGACACGCCCCCAGCCCAGGGCGCCUCCUCGGAGCCUUAUGCUGACCAGGUCUUCUUCUACCUCCCCGUGGGUGAGGGGCCCUCAUCCCCGCCAUGCCCCACCUACAAUGGGCUCUCGUCCAGUGAGCAGAACUGGGCCAACCUGACUACGGAGGAGAGGCUGGCUUCUUCCAGACACCCCCUCUUCCUGGACCCGCCCCCCCAGAGUGGCCAGAAAUCCCCCAGUCGCCCCAGCAGCUCUGCUUCCAAGAAACAGUAUGUAUAA